GUCAUGGAGACCAAAGACAUGCUGUACAUUGUGACGGAGUAUGCAAAGAACGGAGAAAUGUUUGAUCACCUGACCUCAAAUGGCCGUAUGAGUGAAGAUGAGGCACGAAAGAAGUUCUGGCAGAUUCUUACAGCCGUGGACUACUGCCAUCGACACCACAUCGUUCACCGUGACCUAAAAACCGAGAACCUGUUGCUGGAUGCCAAUAUGAAUAUCAAACUCGCUGACUUUGGAUUUGGAAACUUCUACAAUGCAGGGGAGCCUCUGUCUACGUGGUGUGGCAGUCCGCCUUAUGCUGCCCCUGAAGUGUUUGAAGGGAAAGAGUAUGAGGGGCCUCAGCUGGACAUUUGGAGCCUUGGUGUGGUGCUUUAUGUUCUUGUCUGCGGCUCUCUUCCAUUUGAUGGACCCAGCCUUCCUGCGCUCAGACAGAGAGUCACUGAGGGACGAUUCAGAAUCCCUUUCUUCAUGUCCCAAGACUGUGAAAACCUGAUCCGUAAGAUGCUGGUCGUGGACCCAGCCAGGAGGAUCAGCGUGGCCCAGAUCAAGCAGCACCGCUGGAUGCUGGCAGACCCAACAGCCGCCCACCAGACCCUUAGCCAUUCCCUGACCGAGUACAACUCAAACCUGGGGGACUACAGUGAACCUGUGCUCGGCAUCAUGAACACACUGGGCAUCGACCGCCAGAGGACUAUCGAGUCUCUGCAGAGCAGCAGCUACAAUCACUUCUCUGCCAUCUACUACCUGCUGCUGGAGAGAGUGAGAGAGCAUCGCACCCAGCAGCUGAGCCGCCAGUGUGGAACCUGGAGCCAGAGAUCCAGGAGCACCUCCGACUCCACCGGCCCAGAGGUGAUCAUGGAGUCCACCACAGACAGCUUCAGAACCACAGCAUUUUCAAUUCCAGCCAAAAGCACUCCUCCAGUGUACUCAGAAAAGGAGUAUGACCAAGGUGGAUUGUUCCAGCGUGUGGUGUUUCCAGUGGAGGCUAGCCUGAACAGACUGCUCUGGAACCGCUCCAUUUCACCCAACAGCCUGCUGGAGACGAGCAUCAGCGAAGAGGUGCGACCCAGGGACCUGGAGGAGGAGGAGGCAACACAAACCCUGGGACCCCUGCUCCCUCCCACCACCACCUCCCGCAGACACACUCUGGCUGAGGUGUCGGCCCGUUUCCACCAGUGCAACCCUCCAUGUAUCGUGGUCAGUCCCUCAGAUGGUGCCUCUUCUGACAGCUGUCUGAAGUCCUCAUCCAGUCCUGCCCCCACCAUGCAGGCUGCUAUGGGUGAGAUGUCAACACUUCUGGCCUCAGGAGCUGAAGGUGGAGCUCUGCUGCCUGCUGGAGCUCCCCUGGCCCUCUCCUCCCACCUCCUGCCCCAGGCCCAGGGCAGCCUGCCUGCGGCCAGCUUCCAGGAGGGUCGCAGAGCCUCUGACACCUCCCUCACUCAAGGCCUCAAAGCUUUCCGCCAGCAGCUGAGGAAAAACACACGCACUAAAGGGCUUCUGGGAUUAAAUAAGAUCAAGGGUCUGACGAGGCAGGUUGUUCCUCCAGCCUCCUGUAACCGCGGUAGCCGAGGGUCACUGGGUCCGGCUCUGUCCGAGCACCGCAGCAUGUUGGAGGAGGUGCUGCACCAGCAAAGGAUGCUACAGAUCCAGCACCAACCCCAGCCUCAGGUCCAAGCCACCCAGACAGGACCUACCCAGAAUGCCCUGAUCUUUCUGGCCCAGCAGCAGUCACCCUCUCCUCCACCUACUACCGUGUUCGCUUCCUCCUCCAUGUUUGACACCCCCACCCCCUCCGCCCUGCCUCCUCAGCAAGCUUCAGUGGGUCUACAGCACGGCCCCUGGCAACAAACCCUCGAGACUUCCUCCUCCUGCUGCUCUUCAUCCUCCUCAUCCUGCUACUCCUCUACUCUGUCCCCCGUGGCCUCCGCUGCUUACCUUCUCGAGGCUCGUCUACACAUCAGCCAGCAAACUCACCCUCACCCCCACGCCAGCCUCCAACAACAGCCCCAGUGUGCAACACAAGGCACCUUCCCAAUCAUGUCCAAACCAGUGGUGUGGAGCAUGGGCUCAGUCUCCAGCACAGAUCCUAACAUGCAGGAAUUGGGCCGGGCUGCACAGCAGCAGCUCAGUAGCUGUGUGAUGGUGAAGUAAUACGUCCGCCAUCGAGACCAGCGAUUGUUCUCUCUGUGGAAGACGCUCGUAGCAAAAAAAAUCCAGAUUUUUUGAGCCGAGAAGAAAAGAGAGCAGACGUGAUGAGAAAGAACAAAAAGCAGAUGCAAGCGGCGAAUUUACACUUUAUUUAACAACAUGCGGUACACGUGAGAAUGUGUCCACGCUUGUCUGUAUAUUGUGUUUGCUUCUGAUAUCAUAUAAGCUAAAGACUAAGCAAUAACCAAACUCUGGACAAUGUGUUGAACCCGUAUCAGACGGCCAGAGAAGCAAUAAUUGACUGAAAGACUUUCAUCCAGCUCCCAGAUGGACUCACUUGAAUCAAAUGAGAGCUGACGUUAGUUUGUUGUUUUGAAUACAGGAAGGCUCUCUCUUCCUCAUUCUUUUUUUAGUCACUUUUUGUGUCAUUUCCUGUUCUCGACAUUUUUCACUUGACUGGACAGAAGACCAAAAUUCUUUCUUUUUGUUUUCAUUUUUCCCACUUUGUUCGCCUUUCUAAAGAGACAUUUCUCUGUAGCAGUGCAAUGUACAUGCAGUAUAGUGCCCUAAGCUUACAAACGUUCACUGAAGAAGUCCAUUUGUAUUGAAACUGUGACCUUUUUUUUUGUUCCUGCGCAGAUUAUUAUAGCUACGCAAAUGCUGCUUUUACCUCAAGCUGCAAAAAGACUGCUUCAUCCUAAACAGCCAAAACUGAAGAAAGAUAGUGUCUCGCUGAUUGAGUAAAGCACACCAGGUACUUCACUCAGCUUGGUAGCACCUUACAUAAUGUGGAUACAUCAAUCGAUCCGUAUUCCUUUUGUUUGAUAGACGCUUUUACUACCUCCUCGGGCAAGAAUUUGCAAACAGACCAACAUCAAUCCCAGAAUAUCAAAGGAAUGAUGGUUUUCAUAUGGACAUAACAAAGACUGGGAACAGUGCAAUAUUUCACAUUGAAAUACAAAGGAAAGAUGAGGCUCUACAUAGGAUGAUCAAAAUGUACAUGCAUAUUUGCCUGAGGGUUUUUUGUUAUGACUUUAAAUGUUGUCUGUUUGCUGUGCUAGCUAGCUGACUAGAACAGGUACUAGUUCUGUAACAUAAUAAGAUGAUACUGUAGACAUUGAGAGGAAAGACUCAAGGCAUUUCAAAAUGCUGUCUCUUCACACAACAUGCUUUUAGUUCUUUAAGUGAAAGGAAUCAUUUGGGUUUUACCAAAGAGUGAACAGCACAAGAGACGGGCGAUCUAUCACAAAUACACUACUGACUUUUCACUUGUUGAAUGCUGUCUCAAAAUGUAGCAUGGUGGUUAGCUAGCAUUUUCACACAAUCUCCUCCUUAGCUUUUGCUGUGAGAAAACUCCUGCUGCCACCAAAUCCUACUGCUACACAUGUUGUUAUUAUCUCUAGCUGUUACUAUCAGGACCAUGGUGGUAUUCAUUUUUUGUACUUUUCUAGAAAAGAAGAAGAUAAAAAAAAAAGGAAAACAUAAAAAUCUGAACAUAGCAAUACCAUGUUGUGCUGGAAGUUGAACUUUUUUCAGUUGUCCAUAAGUUGGUAGAAAUAGGUAGAAAUGACCUGCAACAAGCUGAUUUAUUCAUGCAGUCACUUCAGACGACGUAUUAGAAAGAUGCAAGAGAUGUGUAAUAUUGUAAGCUUAGUUAGUUCUCUCAUAUCUGUGAAACAUCUUGUAGAAGAGCAGUGUUUUUCCAAACCCAGUUCUACGUUGGAAACGUGCAGUGUUGAUUUUUCGAUCCAAUAAUUUUUGGUUGAUUGCACUCACUACCAACACUUGUGCCUUUAUCUGAACAAACCCACCCAGAGGUCUCCAUCUCUCAUCACUACACUGAAGAAAGAAAGAUGCGUUACUGGCCAUUUAAAAGCCCAUUUUGAUAUCUUCUCUGACCUCUCUCUCUUCUCUGAAUCCGACCUUUGAACUUGCUGUGUAAACAGACUCAAGACUUGCACUUUAUUCAUAUUUCUUAUUACUGAUUUUUUUUUUCUCAUGAUGAAAAACUUCACAAAACUAUUGAAACACUAAGUGUCGUGAUGCAAAUCUGUAAGAUGACCCCUUUUGAUAAACUUUGGAUAAUAAGAAGUGUUUCUUUUUUUUCUGUUUGUUACUUGACUGUGUAGGCAUGUGCAUGUCUGUGUGUGAGUGUGUGCAUGUGUGAGUGUGUGUGGAGGGAGGAAGAGUUGGAGAGAGAUUGUUAGUUCAAGAAAGAUUGUUUAUUUAUGUGGCUAUUUAUUUAAAUAAAGUUCACUUCCUAAA